AUGGAUUCCACCGAUACAGACUACCUAACAUCUCUAACCUCCAUCCUCGUGGCCGUCGUGACACUUAUCUUUCUACUCCACCGAACAUGGCCCCAUUUAUCUCAACCAAAAGCCGAUAAAGUCACCAAAUCUAUUGCAAUCACCCCGCUAGAUAACUCAGAUUUGACCGUUUCCAAAGAACCCGAAAUCCCAGAAGGAUGGUGGAGCGGUCGGGAAGUCUUCGAGCUCGAACGGCGUGCGCUCUUCAGCCAAACAUGGCUCUAUAUUGCCCAUAUCUCCCAGUUUUAUAAGCCUGGCUCAUAUCAAUCUUUCGAGAUCGCCGGGUUCCCGGUGUUUCUCAUUCGCGGUAAGGACGACAAGAUCCGCGCGUUUCAUAAUGUGUGUCGCCAUCGUGCGUAUACUAUUACCAGGAAAGAAACUGGUGCCUCGACUGUUCUUGGUUGUCGUUAUCACGGCUGGAGCUAUGAUACCACUGGUCGGCUGGUGAAGGCUCCUCAGUUUGAUGAUGUUCCUGGGUUUGAUAAGUCGCAGAAUAGUCUAUUUGAGGUUCAUACUCAUACCACUGAUCAAGGGUUGAUCUUUGUGAAUCUCAAUUCUGGUGAGCCGGCUGUAUUUGACGGUGUGGCUUCGGCUUUGAGUGGAUUGGCUGGUCUUAGAGGGAAAUCUACUUGGGUUUCUGGUCUGACUUUGUCGGGAGACUUCAAUUGGAAGGCUGGAACUCGAUCUCGUCACCUCGAUACCUAUACCAGCGAGCUACAUCAGAGAAUGUCUGAAGUAUCGAGGCCAUCUCCCGCCAUGAAGCUUUUCAGGGCUAUGACGGGGAAGAGUAGUCUGGAAAAGUGUUCCUUAUUCCCGAUUACACUUAUUUAUUCAUUUCAGGAUGCGGGUUUAUGUCUUGCCCUUUCCUUCUUUCCCGCCUCUGAGUCGAAGACGAAUAUUCGCUACGACCUCUUCGCCCACUGCGCUGUCAAUAAACCUGAAAUUCAGAAAAUAUCCGAAGUAUCACAGAGUGUGACGAAGAAUUUGAUUAGAGAGAUUGAGGUUGAAUAUCAAUCUAUCUCUACUAAGCAAGGGUCUUCGGGCGAGUUAAAUAACACAGACACACGUCAAAUCUUAUGUCGACUCCAGGAGCACACAAAGCUCGAACGGAUCGAAGGGGGUCGGAUCCUCCCAGCCAUGCACAAGCCAGAAGGAAGCACUCUAUUCCAAAAGGCAGACCAACUUUGCAAAGAGCUAGAUUGUGUUAGCGGUGGAUCGCAGAGCGGUGCUUCAAGUGCACUUGACUGGUAG